UGACUAUGGCUACGAUCUCUCAGGUAUAUGUCUCUCCGGCGCUCUUGCACUUUCUCCGUCUUUACAUGCUGGACAAGGCAGAGACCUCAACAGCGACUCUAGUCGACGACUUCACAGCAAGAUACUUCGAAAUUUCCCACUACAUUCACAGCUACGCGGAGUUCGCUGCUCCAGUCACCAGCGAGCCUAUCUUCACUUCAUACAUCGUAAGGUCCGCCGUCCAUCACGUUUCAACCGCUAUCUGACUACAAUAACCUACUAGUACUACUCACCCCAAAAUACUCUCCAACACAAGCACCAGAUCUUCAACCACAACCUUGCAAUCCAAAUUCCACCUCACCACCAUCCAAGUAACCCCGAACUAAAAUCACCAUGUCAGCUUUCCGAGGUGGCAUCUGGGACUCAAAUCCUUUCCGCGCCAGCGGUAAUCAUAGAGGUGGCGGUGGAAGCCGAUCAAGCCAGCCUCACCCGAACCCAUAUGACAAUCACGACAACUCACCCCCCAUGAUGGGUGGCAUGCGCGGCCCAGGUCCCAUGUACGGCGGAAUGGCUGCUCCCAUGACAGGCGGCCAGACACGCUCCUACUCAUCAUAUCAAGACUCCGACGGUAACAGACAUGAAGAGGGUUACGGUCCAGGCGAACCAUUUAGCAACUCAGUCCAUGGAGGAACGCGCAUGGGACAAAGCAUGAAUCCAAGCAUACCACCACAAGGCCGCCCACCACCAGGAAGUCUCCUAGGCGGUCUCAGCCGCGGGCCUGGCGCCUUCAGCUCUUCCUUCUGGACCGGCGCAAACCCCUUCCGCAGCAACGGAGCCAACGGCGCACCGAACGGUGGCAGUGAUCCCAACACCGGACCCCGCGACCCUUCCUUCAGAAUGGAAGUCGACCCCGCACCCAUGCCUCCAGAUCGGGGCCUCACAAGCGAAAAUUCCGAACUCAUGGCCUCCUUUAUGGCCGAGAACACACAGCCUCUAGGCGGUUCCAUCGCACCUCCCAAUGCAGAGUGUCCAAUUUGUCUGGAGCCGCCCAGCGCGUCGCAUUUGUGUGUUCAGAUUAAGGAUAUUCCGGGGUGUAAUCACCUUAUUGGGAGGGAGUGUCUCAAAGAGAUGUUGGUUAAUCGGCCGGAUGAUGCAAAAAAGUGUCCGAUCUGUAGGGCCGAGUUUCUGGGUGAGGAUGGGAUUUGGCAGGAUUCUGAGCAGUUUCAGCAGUUGGGACGGGGAGGUCCUCCUGGGUAUAGCGGUGGACCUCCUCCUGGGUACGGUGGACCGCCACCGAGACCAACUGACUAUGGCGGUGGUCUGCCUCAGGCUCCUCCUGGUUUUGGUCGCGGCGCUCCUCAGAUGCCUCCUCAGAUGCCUCCUCAAGCACCUCGCCCGACACCUCGUCCAGCACCUCCCAGUUAUGCAAGCGCAGCUACUUCACCAGCUCCUCCAGGUCCCCCAAGCUACAUGGCAGCUCCUCGUCCGCCUCCAACCCCUCGUACGGCUCUUGGAGCUAGUCCUCACGCCGCUCCCCCAGGUCUUCGCAACGCGAUGCGCGGCGGGGCCAGAGUUCAUGGCAUGGACGAUUUUGGUAGAGGACGGGGUAACGAGCAAGACGACGUCGGUGGCAUGCAAGGUGGCCCCCCAAUGAUGAACCAGGACAGGUGGCCACCUGAGCCACGUGAACCAGAAAGCAACUUCAGCGGCCCUGGUCAACAGCUUGGCUACAUGGACGAACGACAGCUUUGGUAGACUGGCAUGUUGAUGUUAAACGGUAGAUAUGACGCCGUUGAAGGUCUUGGUUUGCUUUUCCUUCCUUUGCUUUUACUGUAAGCGAAGACCGAACACAUCGAACAUAGUAUAACGCCGGUAAGCGCGAGAUAGUCUCACAGUAUAGUGAGCUCGAUGCGGAACGGGUAUAGGCCCGAUAUCGAAAAUCAAGAUUUUCGAUCAAA